GAUUCACCGUAUAUAGUCAGUUCCACCAAAGCGACCGGACUGUGCACCGGCGGCUCAGACCUCACGAUUUUCUGUUUUGAUUAUUUAUUUAUUUAUUUUCACUCAAAUAUUGUACUUUUGUUUGUUGCUUGGAUAGAUUUUUGUCUAAUUUUUUUCCGAGCAAACACUAAACAGUAUAUUAUUUAGUUUUACAUAAGAUAAAAUAAAUUUUUUUAUUAAGCAAUAUUAUAAUAUAACAAACAGUAACGUUGCAAAUAACGAGGGUUUCAGCACCGAUUCAAAGAGUCCCGAACACUAUUAUAGAACCAGAAUUGUACAGGAUGCCUGCCGAUAUUAAAGUCAUGGAUAAUUUCGACUCGAACAACCAGAGCACAACUCAUGACCUUUCGGAAAUUCAAUCUUUUUACAAUGGCACGACAGUUUUUUUGACUGGCGCCACUGGAUUUGUGGGCAAUUUAAUACUGGAAAAAUUAAUCAGAACUUGUUCUGGAGUUAAACAAAUUUAUGUCUUGAUCAGAGAGAAAAAAGGAAAAACUACAGAAGAUAGGUUCAAAGAACUCUUCAAUGACCCAGUAUUUGAAUUAAUGAAAAAAGAACAACCCAACUAUUUGGAAAAGAUCACAGCAGUAAUUGGUGAUUGUUGUUUACCAAAUUUAGGAAUACAAGAGCAAUACAGGAACAUUUUAAAAAAUGAAGUUAACAUUGUUAUACACUCCGCCGCUACAGUAAGAUUUGACGAACAUUUAAGAAAAGCAGUUAACAUCAAUAUAAUCGCCUUGCAGGAUAUGCUAAAAAUGAGCCAAGCAAUGAAAGACUUAAAGGCUUUCGUUCAUAUUUCAACAGCUUAUUCGAAUUGCGCAGGAAGAAAAGUCGUGGAUGAAGUGUUCUACAAGCCACCCAUUUCUGGAGACAAUUUGUUGCAGCUCGUGAACAGUCUUGACGAUGACUACAUCCAAAGAAUUACUCCUUCAUUGCUGAAAGAGUGGCCAAAUACAUAUGCCAUGACAAAAGCUAUUGCUGAAGGUGAAAUCGCAACAUACGGCAAAGGGUUACCCGUCGGAGUGAUAAGGCCUUCGAUGAUUGUCGCCACUGACAACGAACCAGUUACCGGGUGGAUCAACAACAUCUACGGACCUACAGGGGUCGUAGCGGCCACCGGAAUUGGACUUAUGAGGUGCAUGUGCGCCGAUCCCGACCAAAUAGCCGACAUCGUGCCCGGGGAUUACAUCAGCAACGCCGUUGUCGCUUCCGCCUGGGACAUCCACAACCAAUGGAAAGAAUAUAAAAACACCAAUUGUGAAGUUGAAGUAGAUGGGUUGAAUAAGGAACAGUAUGUGCCACCAAUUUACAAUGUCGUUUCUUCGAAUUCCAACCCCUUAACAUGGGGAGAAUUUUCGAUGUUCAACAAAAAAUAUGGAUGCCACGUGCCUUCUGUAAAAGCGAUCUGGCCAUUUAUGCUGAGGCUUUCCAAAAACAAAUACGAAUAUACAAUCUUAUGUUUUCUUCUCCAUAUCAUACCAGCAUUCAUUAUUGAUUCUCUAGCCAAGCUAACUGGAAGAAAACCACAAUUAAUGGACGGGUACAGGAAAAUGCACAAGUUCUCCGAGGUCAUAGCUUACUUCGCCCUACAGUCGUGGACGUUCCACGACAACAACACGAAAUUGCUGAUAAAAAAUAUGUCCAAAUUGGACCAGUCCCUGUUUAGGUUCGACGUGGCCAAAUUAGACUGGAACGAGUAUUUCAAAAAACACGUGUUGGGCAUUCGACUGUACAUCAUAAAAGAUCCGAUGGACACUGUACCGGAAGCGCAAAAGCGAAAUACCAAAUUGUACAUGAUUCACUACACGUUAGUAUCCAUUUUGGUGGCAUUACUGAUGUUGGUGGUGUACGGACUGUUCCUGCUAUUCGUGUAGGCAAUUCAAAUCUCUGUUGUCCCAAAUGGCAAUCAUAACUGUACAUAACAAACAAAAUAUAUUAAUUGUAACAUGUACAUAGGUACAUUUGUUGUCUGAUUACCGUGAAUUUUGUUUUGUAUCUCAUUACGAUGUAUUUUAAUUUUACUCAAAGUUGUAUAAUUUUAUCGAAAAUUUUUAUACUAGAAUUUAUGUAAAAUUCAAUAACUUCAUUUUUUCAACAUCUACACUAUGCGUAUACUAUUAUUUUCAUUCGAUGUACAUACUCUCUCUUGUAAGCAGGCACACGUAUACUUUAUCAUAGUAUUAUGUAGGUAUAAUGUGUCCGUAUUUAUUGUAAGUGGAAUUAAUUAUUAUUAUUGUCGAUAUUGAAUUAUUGGAUGGAUGUAAUAUAGGUACCUACCUCGUUUUUAAAAUUGAGGUAUUUAUACCAGAAAAUAACUGAUAUUAUGUCAUUGAUUUUAAGAUUAUUUUGUGUAAUUAAAAAGACUUUUUAGUUAUUAUGUAAAUUAUUAUAAUUUAUAAUAAAUAUAUUUGGUGA